CUUGAACAGAACCCGUUCCUCAGACAUGGACCAAGGACCCGGAGCCUCGCGGUGGAGCCACCGGAGACGGUUCUGGUUCUGGUUCUGCUGCGCGCUGAGUGCGACAUCUGGAGGUCAAGGCGACACAUCUCACUCCACUCUGGGGGUCUCGGCCCCCCACCUGUACUACACCUGCCCCGAGGGCUCCUCCGUCACGCUGGUGUGCAGCCAGCGGGGGGCGCCGCUGCACCCCGCCGACGUCCUGAGGCGCAGCUGGCUGUUCACGCCGCACAGCGACCAGCGCUGCACGGGCCGGACGGGCCCGCGCCACACCGCCGCCGGCCGUCCCCACGGCAACCGCAGCCUGCCGGCCGGGCUGCACUUCGGGUCGGCGCCGCACAGCUUCUGGGUCCUCCUGCAGAACGUGACCCGCGCGGACCAGGGCCGGUACUGCUGCAUGCUGCUGGACUUCCAGCUGGACCACCAACACGGAGCGCUGGUGCAGAAGCCCCACAGCCACGUGAUCCUGCAGGUCACCCCACGGAGGAACGGCUCUCAGGACUGCAGUGUGUGGGACGCAGCCCCAGCUGGAGGCUCUGUGCCCGUGGCCCUGGCUGUCACGGCCUGCAUCCUGGCCCUGCUGUCGCUGCCACUGGUUCUGGUGCUGGUGUACAAACAGAGGCAGAGCGCCCAGAGCAGCAGACGUGCUCAGGAGCUGGUGAGGAUGGACAGUGAGGCUGAAGGCCACGAGAACCCCGUGUUCCUCGGGGGGUCGCCGCCCUCGGCCCGCUCGGUGUCUCAGAUCAUGGCGAGGCCGCCGUCAGAGACCGGGCGCCACCUGCUGUCUGAGCCGGGGACCCCCCUGACCCCCCCCACUCACGGGGACGUGUUCUUUCCAAUAGAAGGUGAGACACACACACACACACACACACACACACACCUCAUUAUUCUCAUGAUUCGGGUCUCAGACUGACGCUCAGGAUUUUAUUGAUAUUGAAUAUUGGGGUGUUGCGCAAUAACCCCAAACUCACCAAUGUGGCGAGCUCGUCAGGCGGUCAAAUUUGGAUUUUUAAAAAUUGCUCUCUAGCGCCCCCUCAAAGUUUGACCGGCGACGCCCUUCACCUAGAAGUGUGUGUUUGUGUGUGCUCUACAAAAAAGCCCCUCAGACCUCUAAGCUCCGCCUACUAAGAUUUCCCGCCAUUUUGAAUUUGGUGAAAAACACAUA